AUGGGCGCGGAAAAGAAAGUCAAGUUGCCGCGUCCCGACAGCCAGCCACGACAGCACCGAAUACCACUUGCCAUGUUCUCUCUCGCCCGCAAUCUACCCUUGACGCGAGCGGUCGCUGGCCGCCGCUUGUUCCAUGCUUCCACCCCAGCAUUUGUCAAAGUCGGCGACAAGCUCCCUAAUGUCGACCUCGUCGAAGGCUCACCCGGCAACAAGGUAAAUCUGGCAAAAGAGCUGUCUGGCAAAGGCGUAAUCAUCGGCGUACCAGCUGCCUUUUCUCCCUCAUGCUCUGAGAACCACAUUCCGGGAUAUGUCAACUCGCCCAAGCUCAAGGACGCCGGCAAGGUCUUCGUCGUCUCUGUGAACGAUCCCUUCGUCAGCAUGAAGGCGUGGGGAAAAACGCUUGAUCCUUCGGGUUCGAGUGGCAUUCGAUUCCUAGGUGACCCCAGUGUGGAGUUCACAAAAGCAUUGGAUCUCUCCUUUGAUGGCGCGUCGAUCUUCGGAGGUGACCGCUCCAAGCGUUAUGCUCUGGUCAUCGAGAACGGUGCCGUGAAGGAGGCACAUGUCGAGCCUGACAACACGGGUUUGAAUGUGUCUGCUGCUGAAAAGGUGUUGUAGAUAUUGAUGCAGCGACAGUGAGAUCGUUGCUGUCUACAACCAUGCAAUAUGAAACCAUGAGAUGCAGUUCUGUGGAGACUACAGACUACUCACGAAUAAUGUCACUGCAUCAAUCAAAGGAGCAGAAAGCAUGGACUCGCCAAAAGAUUUAUGACAUUCGAUUCUGGGAUUCGUUCAAUCCACCGAUCAACAAUAACAAUCCUACCUAUC